AGAGCGCCGAGGAAAAGGGGUGGGGAUGAAGAGGAAGGCAUUUCCAGCUCCUGAUCAUUUCAGUGUGUGUUGGUGCGAGUCAGAAACUGUGAUUCUGCUGCUCGGCUACAUUUUAUGGGAAAGUCAGUUUCCCACAAUUGUUUUCCCGGUGGUUGGCAGAGGCUCGCGGGCUGUCGCGCUCUCUGGGUGAAUGUGCUUCAGAGACAGAGGCUACUGGUUUCACAGAGGAAGAGAAAGACUUCAGAUUGUGCUGGAGGUGAACGUGAAGGCCGACUGAACUUCAAAUCAUAAGUGUAUCCAUCCGCCUGUCUGGACGGGUCUCACUUUUCCAUCUUAAGCUUUUGGAGUUUUUUUGUGGGUUUUUUUUUUUUCUCUGAGCAUCGUGGCUCUUGUCUCUUGGCUUACACAGCAGUGAUAGUUGAAGUGUUUAGCUACAGGUCUGCAUGUCAUGGGCUGUGUCUUCUCACUGCCAGAGGACAGGAGAGAUGCUGCUGAGAGGGCACCCACCACUCGGGAGACGAGUUUCAUCGAGAAAAUGAAGAAAACUGGAAAGAACAUCAUUGUUUUCUAUGGCUCUCAGACGGGUACAGGGGAGGAAUUUGCCAGCAGGCUGGCCAAGGAUGCUCAGCGCUACGGCAUGAAGGGGAUGGCCGCUGAUCCGGAGGAGUACAGCAUGGGGGAAUUGGCCCGUCUGGCCGAGAUUGAAAACUCCCUCGCCAUAUUUUGCAUGGCCACGUACGGAGAAGGAGACCCCACAGAUAACGCCCAGGACUUUUAUGACUGGCUGCAGGAGAACGAUGAGGAAAACCUCUCUGGGCUCAACUACACAGUUUUUGCUUUGGGCAAUAAGACAUACGAACACUACAACGCAAUGGGAAAAUAUGUAGACAAAAGGCUGGAAGAACUGGGAGCCAAGCGCAUCUUCGAUCUUGGUUUAGGUGAUGAUGAUGGCAACCUUGAGGAGGACUUCAUCUCUUGGAGAGAGCAGUUCUGGCCAGCAGUCUGUGAGCACUUUGGCGUGGAGGCGUCAGGAGAUGAGUCGAGCAUCCGGCAGUACGAGCUGAAGUUGCACACUGACAUCAACAUGAACAAAGUGUACACAGGAGAGAUUGGCCGUCUGAAGAGUUUUGAAGUCCAAAAGCCGCCCUUUGAUUCUAAAAACCCUUUCCUGGCUCCGGUCACUGUCAACUGUAAGCUCAACAAAGCUGGUGACAGACAUCUUAUGCAUCUACAGUUGGACAUCACAGGCUCCAAGAUCAGAUACGAGUCGGGAGACCACGUCGCCGUUUUCCCCACAAACGACUCUGAGCUGGUGAACAGGUUGGGAGAGAUCCUUGGCAUGGACCUUGAUGUGGUUAUCUCUCUCAAUAACCUUGAUGAGGAGUCCAACAAGAAGCACCCUUUUCCCUGUCCCACCACCUACCGCACAGCCCUCACUCACUACUUGGACAUCACAAACCCUCCUCGCACCAACGUCCUGUACGAGCUGGCGCAGUAUGCCUCCGACCCCAAAGAUCAGGAGAGCAUGCGAAAGAUGGCUUCCUCCUCCCCCGAGGGCAAGGCUCUCUACCAGAGUUGGGUGUUGGACUCCUGUAGAAAUAUCCUGGCUAUCCUGGAGGAUAUGCCUUCUUUGAAGCCCCCUAUUGACCACCUAUGUGAGCUGCUGCCUCGUCUCCAGGCUCGCUACUACUCCAUCGCCUCUUCGUCUAAAGUUCACCCCAACAGCAUCCAUAUUUGUGCUGUGGUGGUGGAGUACGAGACCAAGACAGGCCGCGUCAACAAGGGAGUCGCAACCAACUGGCUAAAAAACAAACUCGUCAACGGCCACAAGUCCACCGUCCCCAUGUACAUUCGCAAGUCCCAGUUUCGCCUGCCGUUCAAGGCCUCCAACCCAGUGAUCAUGAUCGGCCCUGGCACUGGGAUCGCUCCGUUUAUGGGCUUUAUCCAGGAGAGAGGCUGGCUCAAACAGCAAGGGAAGAUCGUUGGAGAGACGGUGAUGUAUUUCGGCUGCAGACACAAGAAUGAGGAUUACAUUUACCAGGAGGAGCUGGAGGAGGCAGAGAAGAACGGAGUCUUAACCCAGCUUAAUGUGGCUUUCUCCAGAGACCAGCAGAAUAAGGUAUACGUGCAGCAUCACCUGAAGAAGAAUAGGGAACACGUCUGGAAGCUAAUCCACACAGAUAAUGCUCAUAUCUACGUCUGCGGUGAUGCGAGGAACAUGGCGAAAGACGUGCAGUCGGCUUUCUACGACAUCGCGGAAGAAUUUGGAGGCAUGACACGCACCCAGGCAACAGAUUACGUCAAGAAACUGAUGACCAAGGGACGCUACUCACAGGACGUGUGGAGCUAAAGAGCCUCUGGCACAAAGCCUUACUCCUUACUUCUGAAGUGGUAGUUCCUGUUGUUACUGUUUGUAUUAUUCAGGACUGAAUAUGAAAAACCAUACACUCUUGCCCAUUUCCCCACCCCCCCUGGUUCAUGAGGGCUACAGGUAGCAGUGGAGGAUGAGGCAAACCCUACCUCAGCAGCUUCAGGAGUUCAACAUCAACAUUUCUCACCUUCACAUCCUACAUUACAUGUUUCUAUACCUCCAUCACAAGCAGGCAGAGGUCCUCCCUUGACCCCUUGUGUCAGGCCUGACAGAGAUUUGCCUCUCUGGUUUCCAGAGACCCUCAGGAGUCUCUCAUAAAAAUAAAAAGUUGACUGCAACAUUAAAAGUUUGAAGAAUUGAAAAAUGCAAUCUUCUGGUUUGAAAUUCCUUUAUAAACAAAGCCUAACUCAGUUCAAAGUUAUGGGAUGCAAAUGGAUCCUGAGAUCGUCUCUUGUUUGGAAAUCUGCAGUUUUUCCACCUUUAGCAGAAAAAGAGGAACGUUGCACGGUCCUGGUGCAGAAUGGUCACUCAGAAGCUUUCAUAUUAAAGGGUGCCAACUUCAGUCCGUCUCUGAGCUGAUCUGGUAGUGCUUUUUAAGUACUUUAAAUGUGUAAAAUACUUCAAGGAAAUCUGCCUCAUUUGUACAUCAGUGUUUGAUCUUUGCAAUAUGACAAGGGAAUUGUAUGCAGAAACUAAGGGUUUCAUUUCAGUAACUGAAACUUCAACAUGAUGAUCAGAUACAAAAAAAAAACAUGAAAUUAUGUGCAUUUAAAGUCCAUUCGUCUCCUACAGGAAAAAUCCAACUGUAUGGAACAUUUGAAACACUUCACUUUAAACAAAGUAUCACCCUGGAAUGACAGCUUUAUAUCGAUCAGAUACUGCAAAAGAAUAUGGAUUAAACUUUGAUGUAAGAAAUCUUUUUGUGUGAUGUUUGUGUCCUUAUGCUUAUGUACCACCAUGAAGAGACCACCAAACAAAAGUUUAUAUUGUGUAUGUCUGUCAGUCUGUAAUCUUUUACCGAGAACAUAUGAAGGGGGGGGUGGAGGUCAGCCAACCAUCUGAAGUGCAGUCUGUGCCUUUUUUCACUCUGCCUUAGUGUAAGACGUUCACAUUAAAACCAUGACGUAGAGUUUUUAUUUUCUGCCAUGCUUAGAUUUUCAUAGAAAGUUUUAAUCUUAAGAGACACUUUAUCUGGCGCUGUCACUUUUUUGCCAUUACACUUUGUAAUGUAAUUAUUUGUAUGGAGGCAUGCAUUUUUAAUGAAUAAAGUUGGACUAAUUUGU